GCGGCGGCGACUCUGGCUGUGGGGAGCGUGAGGCAGCGCGGGCGCCGCUGGUACCCGGGAGCCCCAGGUCCGGCCGGAGGAGGCGGGAGCGGCCCGGAGGAGGAGGAGGAGGAGGAGGAGGAGGGAGCCUGAGCGGCGGCGGCAGGAGGAGGCGGCAGCAGGAGGAGUCAGCGCCCGGCCCCCCCCCUCCCCUCCUCUCCCCCCCGCUCAGUCCCGUUACGGCCCCCCCCCGCCCUCCGCGCUCCGCAGCCACCACCAUGUCGGCGCCGGCGGCCAAAGUCAGUAAGAAGGAGCUCAACUCCAACCACGAUGGGGCCGACGAGACCUCAGAAAAAGAGCAACAGGAAGCAAUUGAACACAUUGAUGAAGUACAGAAUGAAAUAGACAGACUGAAUGAACAAGCCAGUGAGGAAAUUUUGAAAGUAGAACAGAAAUACAACAAACUCCGCCAACCAUUCUUCCAGAAGAGGUCAGAAUUGAUCGCCAAAAUCCCAAAUUUCUGGGUAACAACAUUUGUCAACCACCCACAAGUAUCUGCACUGCUGGGAGAAGAAGACGAAGAAGCACUGCAUUAUUUGACCAGAGUUGAGGUGACAGAAUUUGAAGACAUCAAAUCAGGUUACAGAAUAGAUUUUUAUUUUGAUGAGAAUCCAUACUUUGAAAAUAAAGUUCUCUCCAAAGAGUUUCAUCUGAAUGAAAGUGGAGACCCAUCUUCAAAAUCAACUGAGAUCAAAUGGAAAUCUGGGAAGGAUCUGACAAAACGUUCAAGCCAGACACAGAACAAAGCCAGUAGGAAGAGGCAGCAUGAAGAGCCAGAAAGUUUCUUUACCUGGUUCACUGACCACUCUGAUGCAGGGGCUGAUGAACUAGGAGAAGUCAUCAAGGAUGACAUCUGGCCAAAUCCACUGCAGUACUACUUGGUUCCUGAUAUGGAUGAUGAAGAAGGGGAAGGAGAGGAGGAUGAUGACGAUGAUGAAGAGGAAGAAGGAUUGGAGGAUAUUGAUGAAGAAGGAGAUGAAGAUGAGGGGGAAGAAGAUGAAGAUGAUGAUGAGGGAGAGGAAGGCGAGGAGGAUGAAGGAGAAGACGACUAAUUGAACACUGAUGGAUUCCAACCCCCCCCCCCCCUUUUUACCUUUUUAAUUUUUCUCCAGUCCCUGGGAGCAAGUUGCUGUCUUUUUUUUCUUGUGCUCAGUCGCCUUGUUCUCUUGAGGUCUCUUUUUCUCUCCUCUACACCAUGGUUCACAAUUUAUUUUGGGGGAAAUACCUUGAGCAGAACACAGUGGAAAAGAAUCUACCGGUUUCUGUUUCAAGUUCAUUUUUAUCCCUUUCUGUCUCAAAACAAAAACUGUUUAUGGAAUCAACACACCAUGUUCUGUGGGAAAAAAGAAAACCUUCUGCUCCCUUCACUCUGCUGGAAGCUGAAGAGUGCUAGGCCCCUGUGUAGUAGUGCAUAGAAUCUAGCUUUUUUCCUUCUUUCUCUGUAUAUUGGGCUCAGAGAUUACACUGUGUCUCUAUGUGAAUAUGGACAGUUAGCAUUUACCAACAUGUAUCUGUCUACUUUCUCUUGUUUAAAAAAAAAAAGAAAAAUAAAAAAAAAUGGGGUUAUAGAAGGUCAGCUGGGGUGGGUUUCAGAUGUUUGGGUGGGUUAAGUGGGCAUUUUGACAACAUGGCUUCUUCUCCUUUGGCAUGUUUAAUUGUGAUGUUUAACAAACAUCCUCGCAGUUUAAGAUGACACUUUUAAAAUAAAAUCUUCUCCUAAUGAUGACUUUGAGCCCUGCCACUUGAUGGAGAAUCAGAGCAGAACCUGUAGGAUCUUAUUUGGAAUUGACAUUCUCUAUUGUAAUUUUGUUCUUGUUUAUUUUUAAAUUCUUUUUUUUUUUUGUUUCACUGGAAAGGAAAGAAAGAUGCUCAGUUUUAAACGUUAAAGUGUACAAGUUGCUUUGUUACAAUAAAACUAAAUGUGUACACAAA